AAUGCCAUUUACAUUUAAAAGGGAAAUGAGAUUGAUUAAGAGAAAUGAGAUUGAUUCUUUCUUCGACUAAAUCAUGACAUCCAAACAAAAGAAACACCAUAUUCUUGUUGGAGAUUAGUGUCCCGAGGGAGAAGAAAAUUAUCAGAGCUAGACAAUCGUUAUGUGGGCUCACUGUUCACUUUCUCUCGAGAACAAAGUUUCAGAUCUAGUUGUUCUUUUUUUUUUUCUGCUUUUCGGUGCCCAGUUCUUCAUUGAGGGUGAUUGAGCCAUCAAGCCUCCUUAACCACCACGAUUAGCUUUUAACCAAACCGGAUCUGUGUUUGAUUGUCUUGGGAGAAGAUUGUUAGUAGCCCUAGGAAGGUGGCUGAGGUUAGGCUUGUGUCGGUGAGUUGCUAGGUACGGGACUCUCUGUUCACGGGUGCCAGAUAGUCGGAUGAUGGGUGUUCCCGGGAGGUGUGUUGUAGAGCGGCGGUUCUCUUGAGUCGAGGCGGACCCGUAUUGUCAUAGUCGCAAGUUGCAAGAACUCAACAAUGUCGUAGCUGUCUCAACUUUGACUGGGAAGUUAACCAACGAUCAGCUUUCUGAUCUCCAGCUUUCUGAAAGUCUCUGAGAGGGGAAAAGAUAUACUCGAUUUGAUGCUGUUUGAAGUUGAGCUUGACAAUCAAGAAAUACUCCUGCGAUAUUCUUCGGCUCUGGUGCAGGGAGCAACAAAUGUCUCUUCUGGAUAGACAUCCAGACAAAUACGAGGCGCUUCUUGAAUCUUUUGGUUGCUGAGGGGCAAUAUCUAGCUUUUGCACCUGACACUGAUGAAACAAAGAACAUGAUCGACAUUUUGUCUCUUAAGUUCCCGGAACUGCGGGUACUAUCACUCCUUCUUUUUAUGCUGCAUAUAAAAUAUUUUGCCUCACUUUACUCUUCAUAUGUCAUGCGGUUAGUUACUAAAAAUUUUAAAGUUGACUUAGAGCUUGAAAAUUAUAUAACCUCUCUGGAUUAUGGUGUCUGCAGCCAAUUGAGGUAUGUUUUGUUCUUUGUUCGAGCUGAUAAAAGAAGGCUAUUUCAUCUCUGAUUCUAUUUCUGUUUAUUCUGUCAAUUGGUUAACAAUUCUUUAAUAAUGGCAGUAUCUCCUUGGUUUAAUUGUUACAAUAUGCUGCAACUUUGAUGAUAGUACUACCUGAAAAAGACCGGUAUCUUUUCUAUGUUAUAAAUAGGGAAAUAUUUUGACUUCACAUGUCCAGUGUGUCUGGAUUUUGUCUUCACGAGUAACGUAGUCUUAUAACUAGCUGGCUAUGCUUUUUUCGUUUUUGAAUGUUAAACUAAUAAAGCCUCAUCAUGUUUGCUUAGGAACUGUUCGAAUCCAAAAAUAAAAGGAGCAGUGGUAUUCCAUGAACAAGGACCUCAUUUAUUUGAUUAUAGCAUCCGCUUGAACCACACAUGGGCAUUCGCAGGGUUCCCUAAUGUCAAGUCGAUCAUGGACACAAAUGGACCUUAUAUCAAUGAUCUGGAAAUGGGGAUUAAUUCCAUACCAACAAUGCAGUACAGCUUUAGCGGAUUCUUGCUCUUCAGCAGCUAUACGCUUUGAGCUGCCAUGGACUCUGUUUAGCCCCUCAGUGAUAAGAAUGGUUCCAUUUCCAACCCGCGAAUACACUGAUGAUGAGUUUCAAUCUAUUGUCAAAAGCGUAAUGGGAUUGUUGUACCUUCUGGGAUUUCUGUUUCCAAUCUCCCGGCUUAUCAGCUACUCUGUCUUCGAGAAGGAACAGAAAAUAAGAGAAGGACUUUACAUGAUGGGCUUGAAGGAUGAGAUAUUUCAUUUGUCUUGGUUUAUCACUUAUGCAUUGCAGCUCGCAUUGUGCUCUGGGAUUAUUACAGCUUGUACGAUGGGAAGUCUCUUUAAGUAUAGUGAAACGACACUAGUCUUCACAUACUUCUUUUUAUUUGGGGUCAGCGCAAUCAUGCUCUCAUUUAUGUUCACUCGAGCAAAGACAGUUGUGGCAGUUGGGACCGUAGCCUUUCUCGGAGCCUUCUUCCCUUACUACACUGUAAACGAUGAAUCUGUCUCCAUAGUAUUGAAGGUAGUUGCUACUUUGCUUUCGCCUACUGCAUUUGCUCUCGGGCAUGUCACAAAUAUGUUCAGCAGAAUGAGUUCAGCUUGUCACAAAUAUGGCUUCUUGGUGGCUCGUUCGGACAGGAUCUUAACAGCAUUGAAGCCGGUUGGCAGGUGAGCCUGAAUCUAUAUGGUGACAAUAACACAAGACUCUUCACUUUUUCUAACGUUGGCAAUCAUUUGCAACUGGUUGCUACAAUCUUCUUUGCUCGGGUUUUAUUUAAAUCAACAGCGACAUAGCAAUGGGAGCAAGUAUUUCCCCAGUCUCUGGAUAUUGUAAUUGGCAGUACGAUAUCAGUAUUAUGAUCUGGAAGGUAAGCAGGUACUCUAAUAUCUUAGAUCCAUAAACAAGUCCGGAAUCAGCUCCUCGCUAUCUCUGGUCUGGGGGACAGGCCCUAUGAGGAAGGUCUCCAAGUUUGGUUUUCUUCUAGAGAUCUAGGCUGAACUGAUGAUUUUACUCUUCUUUUCAGUUUUGUAAUUGUUCUUAGCUAAAAAUUUUCAGCUACCAG